AUGAAGUGGUACAGUCUUUUGGUUUCCGCAGCCCUUGUCGUUGGCUCUGUUGCUCGAAUCUCCGAGGCUGAGUUACGCCAGAAUGCUGCUCAAGGUCUGCGUUUGAUCAGUUUGGAGGAGGGAGUAGACCCCGUGUGGCGCACCGAGGAUGAAGUCUUUGAACUUAUCAGGGAGGACAUUGGAUUCUUCGACGUGACCGAUUAUUAUGACCCUAACGCUGAGGAGACUCCGCUCCGACUUGCUGCUACCUCGUACGAACCUCUUUCGCGCGGAGAGCACGUUACGGCGCUGAUCAACGAACUCUCUGUCUCAAACCUGCAACAGUUCUUGUCCAACCUAACAUCCUUCCCCACCCGUUACUACCGAUCCGAAACCGGUCUUGCAGCUUCGAUCUGGAUUCGUGACACCGUCCAAGGGUUCAUCGACGCUUUCCCGGGCAACAAUGCCAGCGUCGCUCUCUUCAAUCACACCUUCAUCCAACCCUCGAUCGUCGCUCGAAUCCCCGGACAAAACCCCGAUGCCCCAAUCGUAGUUUUGGGUGGCCAUAUAGACUCUCUCAACAGCAGAAACCCAACAGGGCCUGCUCCCGGUGCCGACGACGACGGUAGUGGAUCGGUUAACCUCUUGGAAGCUCUCCGCGUUCUCCUCGCCGACGGUUUCACGCCAAACGCGACCGUCGAAUUCCACUGGUAUGCUGGGGAGGAGGGUGGUCUGCUUGGUUCACAAGCUAUCGCAAAGGCAUACAAGGCUCAGAACAUCGCUGUCAAGGGGAUGCUUCAACUUGACAUGACUGCUUACGUUAAGCCAGGAACAGAGGAGGUCGUCGGCUUCAUCUCGGAUUUCGUUGAUUCCGGUUUGACCAACUUCACCGGAUCCCUCGUGGACGCCUACCUCGACAUCCCUUGGAUCCUCAGUGCUCCUUGCGGAUACGGUUGCUCAGACCAUGCUAGCUGGACCCGUGAAGGCUAUCCUUCGACUUUCCCCUUCGAAGGAGAUUUCCACGCGCGCAACCCAGUGAUUCACACCGUCAACGACACGGUCGAUGUUCCUGGUUUCUCUUGGACUCACUCCUUGGAGUUCACCAAACUCGCUGUAGCUUUCGCUGUCGAGCUGUCCGCCUGA